AUGUCUGAAAAGAAUAGUGUUAAAGAGUCAGGGAGUACGCCUAGUGUAAUAUCCAAGAGCAUAGGGGAUACUGAAGCAGUGAGGUAUGAUCAUUGGUAUGAUGGUUUUGUUCGUCUCUUUAUCUGGUACCCGUCAUAUUUGAGUAAGAAGGAAAAAAAGUUUCUUUUGAAAUUAGAUAUCAUUAUAUUGACAUAUAUCUGUGCCUCUUAUUUUACCAAAGCGCUUGAUAAAUCUAAUAUCACGAAUGCAUACGUCACUGGCAUGAAAGAAGAAAUUAACUUCGGAGGAAAUGACCUUUCAUACGCCAAGUCGCUAUAUUCGGCUGGAUAUAUUGUGAGUAUGUGUUUUGGUAUAAUGUUUGUCACUCGUCCAUGGGCAAGGUUCAUGCUUCCUACUUUAGAGACAGUUUGGGGUGUGCUUACUUUUUGUGAAGCUGCAGUUAAAACGCCAGCUCAACUGUUUGCCCUCCGGUUUUUGAUAGGUUUGGCUGAGGGACCUAUUUUCCCAAGUAUAGUCUACACACUUGGUUCCUGGUACAAACGUGAUGAAGUUUAUAGAAGAGUGAUGGUUUUCUCAAUAUCAUCUUCGCUUGGUAGUAUGUUCUCUGGCUAUUUGCAAUCUGCAGCCUACACCAACCUUAGUGGUAAAGGCGGCCUUUCUGGUUGGAAGUGGGGAUUUGUCAUUGACGGAAUUUUCACAGUUCCAAUUGCAUUAUUUGGUUUCAUAUUGUUUCCAGGCACUGUUGAGCAGGCAGGAAACGUGUUUUGGUUGAAUAAUGAGCAGUGGGAUCUUGCAAAGGAAAGAGUCAGGAUAUCUGGUGUGAAAAAGCCUGGAAAACUAUCGUUCUCACUCGUUAAGCGUGUUUUCCUUAGAUGGCACGUUCAUUACUUUACUGCCUUCUGGGUUUUGUUGAAUGUGGUUGCCUUACCUGAUGGUACUGGUUUUCCGUUGUGGCUUGAAGCCAACUCUCCGGCAAUAUAUAGCACUACCCAAGUUAAUAACUACCCGACGAUUCAGUCGGCCGUUGGCGUAGUCGCACAGUUUGUCCUUGUCGGUUUGACGGAUACUUUUUCGAUCUACCCAUUCUUGACAAUAACACAAAUUCUCUUUAUCAUAUCAUAUGCAAGUUUGGCAGCUUGGAACAUUCCUAUUGGGUAUAGGUGGUUCUGUUUCAUGAUUGUUGGGUUCGACGCUGUUAACCAAAGUAUAGUUUCCGGACAGAUUAACAGGUCUUGCAGAAGGGAUGCAGAGGAACGUGCAUUUGUUAUCGGUUACUCCGAUGCUGUUUCUCAGGCAAUGAACAUAUGGACAAAUAUUGUUUUCUUCCCGACUGAACUUGCUCCAGAGUUCCAUAGAGGCUAUAUUGCAUCAACAGUUGCUGCAGUUAUCAUGCUAUUUUUACCUAUCCUUUCCUGGUAUGGUGAUCGCUGGGAUAGAAAGCAUUAUGGAAAUGAUAUAACACUUGUGAGCACAGUUGAUGAAGCUGAUUUAGAGGUGGAGACUGACAAAAUUGCAGCUGAUCCUCUCAAUAAAACUAAAGAUAUUAUUUGA